GAAGUGGAGUAUGGAGUAGGGCUGGGCUUAACGUUGGUGGGCUCGACUCGCUCCGCUCCUGCUUCCCUUUCCCCUCCCUCCGGCUCAGCCCGUUUUGUCCUGUCCGGUCAUGCAGGCGGUGGAGCGGGACGGGGCGGCAGGUGGCCCCGAAGGAGUGGCGGGGGGCGGUGAGGCACCGCCGGAGCCGUCGCCGCCCAAGGCCGCCGCUGCUUUCGACCUGCUGGAGCUGGUGCGGAGCUACCGGCGGCUGCAGCUCUACCUGGAGCCGCUGCGGGACGCCGCCGAGGGCGUCCGCUCCCUCCUCCGGUGGCAGCGGCCCGUGUGCUCCCUCUUUGUCUGCCUCGGCCUCAACUUCCUUCUGCUCACCGUCGGCCAAGCCGCCUGGUACUCGGUGCUCGCCCUCUUGGUCGUGGUGCCGGCCCUGCUGGGCUACCUGCAGGAAACGUGCCGGGCCCGGCCCUCGGAGUCAGAGCUGGUGCGCAGGCGGUACCACAGCGUCCACCGGGAGGACCUGCGCAGGGUGCAGCUCUCACGGCAAGAGGCCAUCGCCCAGGUCAAGAGCUUCCUGAUCCAGCUGGAGGGGUUCCUGAGCGGAAUGUGCUGCAGCUGCAAGGCAGUAUAUCGUGUACUGUACUGGGAGAACCCCACUGUCUCUUCUCAGUUUUAUGGGGCGCUGCUGGGCUCUGUCUGCAUCCUUUACCUGUUGCCCCUCUGCUGGGUCUUGGCAAUCCUCAACAGCACCCUCUUCCUGGGCAACACCCAGUUCUACCAAGUGAUAAUGGAGCUCAAGACCUCGUUUGAGCAGCGUGUGGGCACCAAACCUCUCGAGAGCACUCCAGAGCCUGCCGAACCCCUGCCAGCUGCGGCCCCACUGGAUCGGACACCCACACCCACCAGCACAGAGGACCUUACCCCUGGCAGUGUGGAGGAGGCGGAGGAGGCAGAGCCAGAUGAAGAGUUCAAAGAUGCUAUCGAGCGGGAGAAGGAGAACCAGCUGCUAGUCAUGGAGGAUGAUGAGAGCUCUCAGUGCUCAGCAGAUUUUGACCUCAGCCUCCCGGACAACGGUUUUAUGAGCAAAAAUGAGGUGAUCCGCAGCAAGGUGUCACGCCUGACUGAGCGCCUCCGCAAGCGCUACCCCAGCAACAACUUCGGGAGCUGCACAGGCUGUGCAGCCACCUUCUCUGUGCUCAAGAAGAGGCGGAGCUGCAGUAACUGUGGGAACAGCUUCUGCUCCAGGUGUUGUUCCUUCAAAGUCCCAAAAGCUGUGAUGGGAGCCACAGCCCCAGAGGCUCAGAGGGAGACAGUAUUUGUGUGUGGUCUGUGCAACCAGGUGCUCAUCAAGUGACUGAAACAGACCCAGCCAGCCCCUGGGUCCUGCGCUGCCUGACACCCGGGGCAGCAGGCACCCUUGCAGCUGGGAGCCUGGGCCGCUUGGUUCCCAGCGUGGUGUCACCCUGCCAGAGGACACUUGUGCUCCGUGUUCCUUCCGCCAGCACUAGGCUUGGGGCAGACUAGCUCUCCUUUCCACGCAGCAUCUGCCACACCAGCUGUGUCCCUGUGGCGGAGCAGUGCCCACAGCUGUGUCCCCAUCCCUGCAGCUGCCACUGGCAGCUGCUCCAAGUCCUGGGUGCUCCCUGGCACUCACUGUGCCGUGCAGAACCUGUGUCCUGGCUCAGUGAUGGAGAAGCCAUCCUUCCCACUUAUGGCCCUGCCUCCUGGGUGGGGCAGAACAACCUCAGGGCUCUGUCUCUACCUUUUCCUGCACUGUGCUAGAUGACUUUCGGUAUCUUUGGCAUCAAGGCAGAGCUCUACCUGCAUCCCCAGGAGAUGUGGUCUCUGGUCCUGACUCAGCUGAGAUCCUGCUAGUCGCUACUGCACUCCUUGGCCUCAAGGACUGCAGGUUCAGUUGUGUGUCUGUUCCCUGCU